ACGGUCGGACUCGAUAGUUUCGUCCCACAACAAACACAUGGUGUUCUUUUCGUGCGAUGGCUGCGGAGACGCCAUGAAAAAGAACCAGGUGGAUGGACACGCGGCGCGGUGUCGACGGUGCGCCUCGGUCAGUUGCGCCGACUGCCUCAUCUCGUUUUAUGGUGGUACGUGGACAUGUGCGUGCGUGAAUUCCGCUUGGUGAGGCAGAUUAAUAAAAUCGGCAAGGGCGUUCCAACAUAUUUGUUGCUCAAGAGAAUGCGUAAUGCUUGUGUGAGAGAGAGCGGGUCGAUACGGGGGGAAGGACCCACGCCAUGUGAUUACAUUCUGUUGGAUCUCGAUUUGGCAUAACUGCCAUGGGAGCAAUCGAAAAUGUUUUAAUUAAACUCUGAUGGUGAAUAGACGACCGUUGAUCUUCCGAAACGGGUUUGCUAUGUUUCACGGUAUCUCUCACGCUCUGGGUCCCUCUUGGCUUGUGUACAGAUGACUAUCGGGCGCAUACUUCCUGCUUGACCGAAGUAGAACGGUACGAAACUCGUGGUGUCGCGGAAAGCAAAAAGGGUGGCAAGGUUUCUCCGCAAGAAUUGUGGAUGAACUUGAUUGUUUCAUCCGUCGAGACCGCACCGGGUCCCUUGAAACAUCAUUUGCAAGUGAUUUCGGGCUUGGACAAUGUCCCACGGAAAGAAAAACAAUUUCGGAACUUUGCAUCGAACUCGUUGAAUUUGAAGGGUAAACAGGGCGAAGCGAGUGUAGGCGAGAUAUGGAAGUAUUUGAAAGGCUUGCGGGAAGAGCAACAAAAGGCGAAGCAGCAGAAAGACGAGGCGAUUGCGGCAGCCAAGCUGAAGAACGCGGAAGCCACGAGUACAAAGGAACUGGAUGAAUUACCAAACGACGGCAGACAUGUUGACGCCGUCAGCGCUUGUGGACUAAACGACAUUUCUCCACCAAAUCCAAAGAUUGUGAAAAAGGCGAUCAAGAAGGUUUUGAAAAAAGCUUCCGGCCACAAACUGUCGUUAAAACGGCUACGCAAAGAAAUCCAACUUCAUUUAGGGGCAUCGAAAAGCGACAAGAAGCGUCUGAAAGUAUUGGUACAGCAAACCUUGGAAAGUUCCACAGCGAAGGGUAUCUUUCUCGUCAGUGGUGAUAAUGUACAGCUACAAGUAGACUAG